AUGACACUUCCCAUAUUUUUCUGUUUAUCGUAUUAAAUUUUUCUGCCGCAUCGCAAAAAUAAAAGAUUUUAUCCAAAUUUAAAUGUUUUUAUAAUUGAAAAAUUAAUAAGGCAACUAUUUGAACCUCGCUACGUCAAACAAAAGACAUGACAAAAAGUUCUUGACCUCAUUUGAUUUCAAUUAAACCAGCAAUAUUGUAUCAUCACUUUUCACCACGGCCAUGGACCAAUCAUCGGCACCUACCGCAGGAACAUCUUCUUCAUUCGCAACAUCAGCCUCCCAUCAAGAAUCUUCAACAACAGGCGAAUUUGUCAUCAAAUCCGAAAAAGAGGAAAUCGAACAAUUAAAACUACCCACCGAAUGCCCAACCGAGCCUCCACUACCCGCCGAGGAAGAUGAUCGAAUUCCUCGGAUUAAUUUUACGUGUAGUUCUUGUGAAAUGAAUGAAAUGGUUCACUACAAAGGAACCGAACCACCCUUUGUUUUAGGCGUCAAACUAAUGGAAGAGAGUUACGUUAUGCGUGAUCCAUUCCAACAGCAUCCACCACGAUGGCGGAAAAAACCCGAGUUUUUCAUUUGUCUAGGAGCACAUUGUUGUCUCUGCGAUCGAAUAGUUUGUAAAGAUGCUGAAUGUAGUUUCUUUUAUGUGUCGACGUUUUGUUUGAAUUGUGCCAAAGAAGCUGUGAAAAGUUUUCCACUGGAGGUUCAAACAAAGCUGAGAAAACAAUUAGCCAGCGUUUAGAGAGAAAUUUUUUUUAUUGAAAUAAAAAACAAAUUAAAUUCGCAUUUCAAAUGAAUGUUUGUACAUAA